GAAGAAAAAGAGAUCUAAAACUAUGAAGAAUGAAAAGAGAAGGGCGCCCCGGACGAGAAACGAUUCGACUCCGUUCGACUUUACUCGGCUACCAAGACGAUUCGAUUCGAGUUGACUCGAGUAGACUGUACACACAAGUUACCUUCGCUCACCUGAGAGUGACUACGGUAAAGGAGUGCGCGCGGCGGUAGUGGGAGGGUAAAGCCAACGCUGGCUCUCGACAUCAGGACGAAACUUCAGUAUGCAUUCGAGUCGUGCACCAACGAGCCCGCGAACAGUCUACGUACUUUCUUAUUAACUUUUCAUUUACCUUUUUAUAUUUGCAUAUUUUUCUUUUUAUUUCUUUAUCGAUUUAACAAGUUGCGUCUAAUCAACAGAGAACCAGCAAAACUAAUUGAAAACUAAUUCUAAACUAAUCUAACUUUCAAGUGUUAACAAUAACAACAACAACAACAACAACAUUCCUUGUGGAUCAGAACAUUUAUUGAAAUAAAGAAGAAACAAGAGGAUAACUAUAGUUAUAUAUACUGUUUUACGUUUAAAUUAGUAAAAAGAUUAGUUUUUGAAUGGAAUGAACAAUGCAACCAUGAGUUGUUAACGUUGCCAACGUCGUUUGACAUUUCUUCAGAGAAUUGUGAAAAGCGCACCUUUCUUCUUUCUUUGUUUUCUUCUAAUCGAACAGAUAUUUUUCUAUUAUUAUUAUUAUUAUUUGUUAAUCUUUAACAAACAUGAAAGAUGAUAAUUAACAACAUUUGUUGAGUACUUUCUAGUUUAACAAGACGAACAUUAAAAAAUAUCUAUAAAGAGAGAGAGAGAGAAAGAGAGAGAAAAACUAAAGACACUGAAAACGUUAAGUUUCAGACAACAUAGUAGACAGGAUAGUGUCGGUUUGUCUGUCUAUCUUAUUGGUGACAUAAGUUUAUUCAAGGAUUUGUAAUGAAAUGAGGAAUUUGAAAUACGCGCGGGAGAAUCCAGCGACCACUCGCGUGUUUGUUAUCAGUGCCAAAAUGGCCAAAGCUCGAUGACUACCUCAAUGUAAUCAUCAUCAUUAAAAGAGAAAUUCAAAGAAGGAAUUCAUUUCUAUCCAUCGAUCAGAAAAUAAUCAAGGAAGAAAAAGACUACGACCACGACCACGACCACGACAAAUAAAAGGAAAAGAUAUAUUUACAUUAUUCGCGGUGUAUCUACAAAUAGUAGAAAGAAAAAAGUGUCGCGAGUGUUAUUUUAACAUUAGCAUUAAAAUAAGGAAAAUCAUAGUAAGAAAGAUAUAAGAAGAACGCGCGCGGACGGGCGGGGCAACGAGAGGGAAGAAAGUGGAAGUGAGUUAAGUAAGUAAUGUGAAAUGGAUGAUACGCCAAGAACAAUCAAAACAAUUCUAAUAUAUGGAUGCCCAUGGGUGGAAUUUGGCCGAAAUGUGCCAACGCUACCAUCACGGUAUAUCAACGGCUCAAAGUUCUUCGCCAGCUAGGGAUUCAUCGGCUGCCAUUGUGCAGCCAUUGUCAACCCCCUCGUCGCAUAUCGACCAGGUUAACAACCCAUCUUAUUCUCACUACACGAUGCUGGAUAAUUAUGACAGGGGUGAGAUGACACCACCGCCGGUUAACAGUUAUGGCGGCUCCCCGGGACUCUUGGCACUUCAUUCUUCGCUUUAUGCUACACCCACGCCUAGAACCUACGACAUCGACUCCAAUAUCGAUACAAACGAUGCAUCCAUGCCAAUCGAUACCCAAAUCAUCUCGAUCCCUGGAAUGUUGAGCGGGUCAGGCCAACAACGUUUGGAAGAUAUGUCCUGGUUAGCAUCAGGACCAUCCUUGGAUUACCAGCAAGGCAUCUCAUCGAUUCCCACAGGAGUGAAGAUGUGCCAUCCUGGCAGUACCGCGCAACGUAGCCUAAAGGAACAACGGAUACGUCGUCCGAUGAACGCCUUCAUGGUCUGGGCAAAGGUCGAGCGCAAGAAAUUGGCCGACGAGAAUCCUGAUCUUCACAACGCCGAUCUAAGCAAGAUGCUUG